GUAUUUACAUGGGCAUAUGGACCGCCUUUUGUGCACUUGAACAACAAGGUUAGUUCAUGGGCGAUUGAGUUAUUGAGGGGAGAAGGAAGUAGGAAGAAUGUUGAGAGGUACGGUUGCGUGCUACCAGAGACAUAUGGACUUCCAUGUCUAUGCACAAUGCAGAGGUUCAGUGAGAAAGGGUUAGAGUUGUAUCCACACCACUUACAUCAUUUCUGA